AUGUCUCUUCUGCAGCGCCGAGCAGUCACCACUGCUGCCGCCGCCGCCGUCUACAAGAAGGAGGAGGCAGAGACAUCGCAGCACCAGCAACAGACAAAGACAGAGACAGAGGCAGAAGUGCUGGAGCAGGAGAGCUGGACUGCAACAGUCCACUGGGAUGCUCUGCCUCGCUGGCUGCAGGAUAACCACCACAUCCAUACCGGCUACCGGCCGGCCUCUGCCUCGUUCCUGCGGAGCUUCCACUCGCUGACCUACGUCCACAAUGAAACCGUCAACAUCUACACCCACCUGCUGCCGGCUCUCCUUACCCUCCCGACGUCGUUCGUCCUCUACCAGGCCCUCUCGCCACGGUACCACACGGCAACUCCGGCAGACAUCGUCGUGUUCAGCUGUUUCUUCGCUGGUGCGGCGUUCUGUCUUGGGAUGAGUGCCUUAUACCAUACGAUAUCAAACCACUCGCCGUGGGCUGCUUACAUCGGCAAUGCUUGCGACUACCUCGGAAUAAUAGGUCUGAUCACUGGCAGCUUUAUCCCCAGCAUCUACUACGGCUUUUACUGUACACCACAGCUCCAGAGACUCUACUGGGGCAUGAUCGUGGUUCUCGGAGCCGGGUGUGCAGCCGUCGCGACAAUCCCCCGUUUUCGCAAACCGGCGCUGCGACCGUUUCGAGCCGCCAUGUUUGUAGCAUUGGGCCUCUCUGCUGUGUUCCCCGUUACGCACGGCGUAGUGGUGCUUGGAUUCAGCCAGGCGCGCCAGCAGAUUGGGCUGGACUGGCUGAUAACUCAGGGGGCCCUUUAUAUCAUCGGCGCAGCCAUAUAUGCUGCCAGGGUGCCUGAGUGUUUGCAUCCGGGCAAGUACGACAUCAUCGGGCACUCGCAUCAGAUAUUCCAUGUCCUGGUUGUCCUUGCGGCCAGCGCCCAUCUGACUGGCCUCCUGGCGGCCUUUGACUACCGGCACAGCCUGGCUACUCAAUGCUGA